AUGGAAGUGGAGUCGGAGGGGCAGCUACCAGAGGAGGAAGAGUACAUAGACAUGGACGUCAGCUCCGCCGCAUUCUCGCGUAGCGCCGCUGGUUCUCCGCCGCAUGCAAGGGAAUUCGAAUUCCGCAUGGAUGCUAACUUCGUGCAGAGGGAACCCGUCACCUCCCCCGCCGACGAGCUCUUCUACAAGGGGAAGCUCCUCCCCCUCCACCUCCCCCCCCGCCUCAAGAUGGUCCAGAGGCUGCUCCAGGACCCCGCCACCGCCGCCACACACGGAGAAGAGGAAGAAGAAGCCGGCUCCGCCGCCGCCGGCGUCGCAACCCCGUUUGAGUCCUGCACCGUCUCCCCGGUCAGCUCCUGCUACGUCAGCGGGGAGCUGAACCCGGAAGAGUGCAGCCAACCACUCCCGAAGAAGUCCUGGUCCAAGAAGCUGAAACUGAUCAGGCAGUCCUCUCUGGGUCUGAAGCUCAAGGCCUCCAGGGACUAUCUCAAAUGCCUUUUCACCCGGCCGGCGCGCUCGGUAGAGGAGCCGCGCGGCGGCUGCGGCGGCCGGAGGACGAGCGACCUUCUCCCCGCCGGCGGCAAUGCGAGUCCCCCAGGAAUGGGGACCCCCCCAUUUGGGCUCAUCCAAUGGGAGACGACGAUGGCCCACCGGAGAAUGAGCGAGGAGAAGACGGCGACGGCGGAGGAAUGCUCCCACCGGCGGUCCUUCACCGGCGUCCUCAACCAUCACCCGGCCACCGUCAAUUCCUCCUCUUCCCCUUCGUCAUCCGCAUCUUCUUCCUCGUCUUCUUCUUCUUCUUCCUCCACCGCGGCUGGCGGCGGAGAGCUCCAGGGACCGGCGGCGCUGAAGAGGAGCAGCAGCGUGAACUCGGAGGUGGAGUGCUCGAUCCAAGGCGCUAUCGCCUACUGCAAGAAGUCUUCCCAACAGGUGGCCGGCGGGCGGAAGAGCUUCGGCGACGUCGGCUGCUGCACUCUCUCCCAUUCCAAGGUCGCCGCCGCCUGCGAAACAUAG